AAAAUGCACACUUUUUUUUUAAUUCACGCAAAAAAAAAUGCCAUUAAAACCACUUUCUUACCUCAUGUUUUUCAUUCAGCACUCUUAAGAAACGUCUGUGAACAGAGUGGAUGAAGCGGACUCGGUGUUGGAGGAGAGGAGUGUCACCAGCACGAGUCACUGAUGAAGUGAGCCAUGUUUUGUUGAGUGAAAAGGUGUUUUGAUUUUCAUAUUGCCAAUAGUUUUGUUACAUUGCAAAAAAAAAAAAAAAAAAGAAUGUAUUUAAUAAAAGCAAUAUUCAGAUUCUCAAGUGUUCAUUGUAGCAAAGUUUAUCACAAUUUUUUUUUACAUAACAGUGAAGGGAACGACUUGGAAAAAAAAAAAUGCACUCAACGUUAAAAAUACACCAGUGGUGGUCAGUAGCCGUCAUAGCUACAAACUCAUGUCGAUACACUCAUAAAAAAUAUUUGACCAACUCUCUAAAAACACAGAGUUCCUGACCGCGAUUCUUAAAAAUCAACACAUUGUUUCAGCAAGUCCACUACACAACAUCUCAGUACAAUGAUAGGACAGUGAAUCUUCCCAGUCUGCACAACAUUUUCCAUCAUUCAGAACAGAAGUUCAUUUUUUUUCCCCCAUAAGUCCACUAACCCACAGUCACAAAUCGGUUCCCUUUGCUGGUGCUCUGUGCCGUAGCUGUGCGUUUGUCCUUUAAAAUUCGGAAUCUUUCAUUCAGGGUCAUGGACGUUUGCUGCAGCAGAAGAAGAGGAAGAAGAAUCAUCAUCGUCAAAACAGAUUUUAAUAUUCAUGUCAAGCCUUUUACUGGAAUUGAUACGAAACUCACCGGUUUCCCGACACUGUUGAUGUCAAACUGAAGAGGGACGCCUUUUGGGAUCUUCCUUUCAGCGGUUUCCACCUGAACUGGAGGGGUGGCGACAGAGGCAGCAGCGGCCGGGUGAAGGGUCCAGGAGGUGGCAGGUCUGUAAGGUACAGCACGUCAUGUCAGUCCGCACGAGCCAAGUGACGCAGGCUUGACUUGAUAUUUACUCAGGCUGAGUUCUGGCGGUGGGGUUGUCGAUCGAAACCGUCAAAAUGCCAUUGUUUGCGGAUGAUGUGCGCCACCUGAUGGACACAAAAGGGUAUUAAGAAGCAGAGCAGAGCAUUUUUGCAGUCAAUUGGAAGAAGCCUCAACUGGUUGUUUGACUUUGUUAGUGUAUUUCCAGAUCAGAUGCUCAACUGUGGAUGAGUUGAAACGUUUUAACUUUAAACUACCACCAGUUUAAAAAAAAAAAAAACACCAUGGAUUUAACUCUUAUUUAAACCUCAUCCUAAAUUGAGUGUUUUUUAAUACCUUCAAGUCAAUUUAGUGCAUGUUACGGAAAAAAUAAUUUCCUACUUUAUAUAUAUAUUUUUUCUCUACUUGUAAAUUUAAUUCAUGUUGACAUCUUAUUUACUCAAAAAUAUGAUCUUGAUUUCAAACUCACUGGCGAGUUCUGACUGGAGGCGUCCGAGAAACAGGCUUCUGUACUUGUGCUUGGACCUGAAUAAGGAAGAGAAGAGGCCAGUUUACUCAUGGCGUACACCCAUGUUUAAACAGCAGCUUAGGUGGAUCACACCGUCACCUUCAGGCCUCUGUGAGACAGGAAGGUAGCUUGCCGUGCUUCUCUUCGCGUGUGUUGGACAGGUGGCAGCGGCCUUCACAGGGAAGCAGGAGAGUUAUGUUAACAAACAAGUUACCUGCUGUGAGCAAAACACCAUGUUGAAUACCGUCUUCGCAGCUGGAAGGGCCUCCGAACUGUAAUCUGACUCGGAGUUCUUUGUGCAUCUGCUGGUCUUUGUGUUUGUCUCCUGAUCUCUGGCUUUCUGGACUGGGCUUGUGUGCGUUGAAUGAAGGGCCUUUGUUUUGGCUUGGGUUUCUAGAAGAAGCAAUUCAGUGGUCAGUUUGUUCGUGGACAUGUUAAAUAUAAAUAAUAUAAUACACUGCCUGGCCAAAAAAAAAAGUAGCCACCAAAAAAAAAAGGGUCAUACACUCUAAUAUUUCAUUUGAGCGCCUUUAGCUUUGUUUACAGCACGCAUUCGCCGUGGCAUUAUUUCGAUAAGCUUCUGCAACGUCACAAGAUUUAUUUCCAUCCAGUGUUGCAUGAAUUUUCCACCAAGAUCUGACCACUGCACAAAGCCUUCUCCAGCACAUCCCAAAGAUUCUCAAUGGGGUUCAGGUCUGGACUCUGUGGUGGCCAAUCCAUGUGAGACAAUGAUGUCUCAUGCUCCCUGAACCAGUCUUUCACAAUUGGAGCCUGGCACUGUCAUCUUGGAAUGUGGCCGUGCCAUCAGGGGAAGAAACAAUCCAUUGAUGGAAUAACCUGGUCAUUCAGUAUAUUCAGGUAGUCAGCUGACCUCAUUCUUUGAGCACAUGAUGUUGCUGAACCUAGACCUGACCGACUGCAGCAACCCCAGAUCCAGGUGGCCACUUUUUUUUUUUGGCCAGGCAGUGUAUAUUUGCAGCCACGGGAUCCUUCAGAACAGGAUGGAAUGAAUGACUAUAAAGAGAAUUUACAAACCUAAAGCAGCUUGAGGAGCGACAUUAUUUACAAUAGCUUUGGUUUAAAACUCCACGUUGCUGGGAGGAGACAGCACAUGGGAAGUGGCCCCACGCAAGAGAUCACCUGUUGCAGCCCCCCUCACUCGACAGCUGCGUCACUUCAGCUGUUCAUUACCAAGACUGGGAUCUGGUUUCCAGCGACGACUAGCAUGUUAACUCAGAUGAAUCAGUCUUCCAAACGCAAAAUCAAAACGCAAACUCUCAUCAUAUGUGUCCAUUGGGGGAGUCAAGGGUCACUGAAUCGUCUCAAUCGUACCUGAGUGUUGGGGGUCUUGUUGAAGGGAGCAGCCUUUUUGAGCAGGGCCGUGGGUCUCUUGGCUGCCAGGCCAGUGAUCACCCCCUGACCACGCCGGCGACCCGGCAGCGGCACCACUCUUCCGUUCCUUAUUUUAGCAGCGCCUCCCCGGGCGAGGGCGCCUCCAUCUACAGAAACGUGGGCGCCAUUACAACUCCACACGGAAGACAACAACAUAGACACAACAGACAGCUGUGGGAGGCGUGAGACACAUACUCAGCGCCGGCGUCCCUCUCCUCUUCAACUGCGGGAACGAAGCCUUUUUCUUGACUGGACGGCGCUUCGUGUUGACCUGUUUUCUUUUCUGCUGCUUCUCCUUCUUGUUCAAGCGAAUAAUGUCGUCUAUUUGGGGGGAUUCAAACGAGGAAAACUGGGUCAAAUGACAGGCUUAAAAUAACGACUGCAAUGGUGGAGCUUACCCAGCGACAUGUCGACUUUAUCCAGAGCCACAGAUUUCCUCCCCUGACCCGCAGCAACUUUACCUUUAUACAUGUUUGUCGCGCGUUUCUAAAUAAAUCUAUGCAGCAACAGCCAGCGUUAGCACCGAUGCUAUAUCCUCUUCUCACCGGACGUCCCUCCCACCAACGUAAACAAUGACGCACAUGCGCAGUGUGCAGCGCUGGCUUUUAUGGGAAAUGUAGUUCAAUAAGAGGAGCCACUUCCUUUCGGAUAAAGUCUUCAUCUUCCGCCACAUUAGAGCAAAGGCUAUAAACCCUGAAAGCUAACUUUAUAUUGCAUCAUAGACGCUAUUCUGACGCGUUUAUCCUUUCGUUCACACGUUUUGUAAGCAGCGUGCGGAAACACGUGAGCGGUGGCAGCCAGCCAAUCAGAGGGCUAUAGAUAUUUUGAACACGCCCACUAAAUGUUACCAAACCUCCCCUGCGCCGUGUACAUGUAACUGUUGUUUUCUUGUCAUUCCUCGCCGGCAGCACGACCCUUUUCUACAUUAAACAUCGUCGUUAGUGGAUGUUGCUUUGCUUCCGGUGCAGGUCCCACUUGUUUCUGAGCGCCAUCGUAAAGAGACAGAAGCUCAGCGCCACUCACUCCAUCCUCAGCAAGUCCCUGACCAGCGCUGCCGUCAUGUCAGACAAGAAACGCAAGGCCACGUCUGCCCCCUCCAGGGAGCCCAAGGCCAAGCAGCUGAAGCUGACCCCUGAGAAAGAGGAGCCCAAGAAGAUGGGCAGAGUCGCUGGCUGGUUGCAGGACGCCGUCGAGCAACAGAGAAUCAACAACAAGGAGAUGAAGUUCAGCAAAAAGCGGCUUCAGUACAUAUCGGAGGCUCAGAAGAUGAAGCCGGGCUCUGAGGGUGUUCUGUACUGGAUGCUGAGAGACCAGCGGGUUCAAGAUAACUGGGCGCUGAUCCAUGCUCAGAAGCUGGCGCUGAAGGAGAACCUGCCGCUGCACAUCUGCUUCUGUCUAGUUGUCCCUAAAUCUGAGCUGUCCACCUUUAGACACUACAGCUUCCUGCUGAAAGGUCUGAAGGAGGUCGCAAAGAAAUGUAAAGCCCUGGACAUCCAGUUCCACUUGCUGCAUGGUUCAGCGGGGGAGGUGCUGCCCAGCUUUGUGUCCGAGCACAGCUUCGGGGCCGUGGUCACAGACUUCUCCCCUCUCAGGGAGCCACUGCAGUGGCUGCAGGAGGUCAAGAAGGGCAUUCCACAGGACAUUCCUCUCAUACAGGUUGAUGCCCAUAAUGUUGUCCCCUGCUGGGUCACAUCCCCUAAACUGGAGUACGCUGCACGAACCAUUCGAGGAAAAAUCACCAAACUGCUGCCGGAGUUCCUCACAGAUUUCCCGCCGGUGGAAAAGCACCCGCACACGGCGUUGAGGACGGCGAAGCCCGUCGACUGGGAGGGAACUCUGGAGUCCCUGAAAGUCGACCGAACGGUCGGGGAGACAGAGUGGGCCAAGCCGGGCGCCGCUACCGGCAUGUCCAUGUUGGAGUCCUUCAUCGACGUCCGGCUCAAAAUGUUUGGAACGCUGCGCAACGACCCCAACGCGCCUGCGCUCAGCCAACUCUCCCCCUGGAUCCGCUUUGGUCACCUGUCUGCCCAGCGGGUGGCGCUGCAGGUGAAGAAAUGCGGGAAGAACGCCAGCGAGUCUGUCGCCCCCUUCAUCGAAGAGCUGGUGGUGCGCCGGGAGCUGACGGACAACUUCUGCUUCUACAACAAGAAAUACGACAGCGUGGAGGGGGCCUACGAAUGGGCGCAGAAGACCUUGAAAGAUCACAGCAAAGACAAGCGGCCCUACUUGUACUCACGAGAGCAGCUGGAGAAGGCGAAGACGCACGACAAGCUGUGGAACGCAGCUCAGUAUCAGAUGGUGUCGGAGGGAAAGAUGCACGGUUUCUUAAGGAUGUACUGGGCCAAAAAGAUUCUCGAGUGGACGUCCUCACCAGAGGAGGCGCUCUCUAUCGCCCUCUACCUCAAUGACCGCUACGAGCUGGACGGCCAAGAUCCAAACGGAUUUGUCGGCUGCAUGUGGUCCAUCUGCGGCAUCCACGACCAGGGCUGGGCGGAGAGGUCCGUGUUCGGGAAGAUCCGUUACAUGAACUACAAAGGCUGCCAGCGCAAGUUCAAUGUAGCGCAGUUUGAGAAGAAGUACCUUCCCAAAAACCUUUGAAAGGUCUCAGGGAGGUUCGGUUCUGAUCGACCCGUUUAUUCACUGCAAACUGGGUGCUUAUUGUUGUUGUUUUUUAAAACUGUUUCUGACUUUCUCUGCUGGUAUUUAACUGCUUUUUUUAUCUGAAAUAAAC